CCCAGCUGAGUCUGCUGUGAGUCUGUGUGGCUGCAGCCUCUUUAGGUGAGUCCAGCAGGAUGAAGCGAAGCAGCAACUCCAGCUCAUCAGACAGCGAGCUGGACGACAACGUGGAGGUGCAGAAGGACAGCGGGGACGAAAACGGUCAGCUUGACUGUCACGGGUCCAUGUCACCGACCUCAAGCACCCAGGUUCAGGCCAGAAAACGGCGCAGAGGGAUCAUUGAGAAGAGGAGGCGAGACCGGAUCAACAACAGCCUGUCAGAGCUGAGAAGACUGGUGCCAAGUGCUUUUGAGAAACAGGGAUCCGCUAAACUGGAGAAGGCAGAGAUUCUGCAGAUGACAGUGGACCACUUAAAGUCACUUCAUGCAUCUGGAGGGAAAGGCUACUUUGAGGCUCACGCCCUUGCUAAGGAUUACCGCAGCCUGGGCUUCAGGGAGUGCCUGGCAGAGACGACGCGCUACCUGAGCGUCGUAGAGAGCCGGGACAGCACAGACUCCCUGCGUGUGCGUUUAGUGUCUCACCUGAGCAGCUACGCCUCUCAGAGGGAUGUGCACACUGGACUAGAACAUUUAGCCUGGGGCUCUGCCUAUGGAUCUACCCCGGACCAUCUUCCACACUGCCUCCUUCUCCAGCACCCUCAGGGCAGGACACCUGCACCCAGAACCAACAGUAGCCCUCCCUCCUCCUCUUCUGCCCCAUCUUCUUCAUCCUCCUCAUCGUCUGAGGCAUCUGGCUCAUCCAGACUUGGUCUCCUCACUUCUCCGGAGUCCCUCAGGGUUCCUCUAAAUGGCUCGCUACCCCUCAGUCUCCCUGUGCCACCAUCUAAGCUUUCGCCACCGCUGGUCUCAUCCCUGUCCUCGCUUUCGGCCUUUCCUCUUUCCUUUGGAGCGUUCCCCCUCAUCUCUCCAGCCGUCAGCGCAGCGAGUCCCUCCUCCACCUUCUCAAAGCCCUACAGGCCUUGGGGCAUGGAGAUCGGAGCCUUCUGACACUGAAGGCAACAGCUGAGCUGUGCCCACCACCAUAAAACCACUUGGCUCAGCUGUUUUAUGAUGGAUGAAUGACAGAAGAACAAAUGAACAUUUAUUUUACUCUGAAUGAAGUUACAGGACCUUCUCUAAACCUUCAGAGAGAAGGUUUUAAUGCCCAGCCUGCACCGCCUCCAGGUUGAGGACCGACGGAAACUGUUAGUUAAGUUACUGGAAAUGCAGAUUCACUCAUUAGUUUUUCAGGAUUUCUUUGUGAAACGUUGGAUUUGUUGAAAAUGAAAAUCCGUAUUUUGUACACCACUAACUUGCUUUUGAGAGGGAUGUGUAACGUGGAUCUGUAAUAUUUUUAUCAAUCAAAUUUGGUCUGAAAUGUAAAAUGUGCAUAAAAUAAAUAUUUUACUGCUUAAUAGAUCGGAAUGAUGUGGUUUAAAUGGGACCGUUUACACUAAACAUUCCUGUAAUUUCCUCUUCCCAAAUGGCGUUUUCUCAGCAGGUGCGUUUGUGUUGCUGUGGAAGUUAAUCAUGAGCUAACGUGGUCCGGUUUGUGGACUGAAAGGUAACUCCUUCACUGGUUGCCAAGCCAAGAAACCAAAUCCAGAAGCAUUGUUGCCCCCAUGAAUACCCAGGAAAUCAUUAAGAGCCAAAGGAAAUCCUUUACAACGUUGGCCUGACCUCCGCAGCCUGGGCUGGCCUCAAGCGGAGACAAUAGUGUGAACAGGAUGAGGACCGAAGUACUGAAAACACAGAAAAACAUCUGGACUCAUAAAUCUGCUUCUGCUCCCAUCUUAAAUAGAUGUUUCUGUGUAAAAGUUAUACAUUUCUCUACCAUACAUCACCUUCUGAAAGGCCUCUAUUUGGAGAAAUAGUGCUUAUUUAUUGCAGGACUGAUGAGCUAACCGCUAGUCCAAGCACAACACUGAAAUGGGAUGCUGCCACCUUACAGUGUUUCUCGGUUGCUUUGGUGCAUUUCUCACAUCAAAACUAAACUUUGCACAACAGUUAAACCUCCACAACAUGUAGUCGUUCUGGCACAACCUAGUGGCGGUUUCAUGCCUUUGGACAUGAAGCAGCUGAAUAAGCACAAAUAUCUAAAGAAUGGUCAUGUUUGACUUGCUAUUCAUCACCGUCUCCUUGCUUUUAUCAUGAAUGUGACAAUUAUUUAUACUUGUACCGGCUGAAUAGUCAUUGUCCUUACAACUGAUAGUCUUCAUGUCAUUGCUCGUGUCAUUGCACUCAGAAUUGUUGAACAUCUUGUCGAACACUUUGUACAUCCAUUUAGAAAACCCUAUUUUUAAGGAGUUUCAUGGAAAUCUCCAUAGAUUACUUUUCUCAGGAGAACCUUAUCUCAAACUAAUGAAAACUGGUGUGUGUCCUGGUGACAAUCGGACGAUGUAUGUAGUGGUUUGGGAUAACGUUAGCUUCCAUCACUCUGCUGUAGACAGUCAGUGCUUUGCAGCACACGGCAGGAUGCUUCUGGAGUUUCUUCCUCCUUACACUACAUUCCUAAAUCCAACUGAGGAGUUUUUCUCUUCCUGGAGGUGGAAGGUAGAUGACAGGCAUCCACAUACCCAAAUGGCCCUGCUAGCAGCUAUGGAUGCAGCUUGUGAUGACAUCACAGCAGAGUCCUGCAGAGGGUGGAUUCGACACUCCAGAAGAUACUUUCCCCGAUGCAUCGAUAGAGCGGACGUUCCCUGUGAUGCUGAUGAAAAUGUGUGGGCAGACAGACGGGAGCGUCUAGAUAUUAGAUUUAGUCACUUUAUUAGCUUACUCAGUGAUUUUUGCAUAUUUUCCUGUUUUAUCCAUCUUCUUGCUGCUUUAUUACUUCCUUAUUGCCGAUGUAUUCAAUGUUCGUAUGUCCAGCAUCAUGCUGCUCUGCUGUUAUUUUUUUAAUUGCCCCUCGGGGAUGAAUAAAGUUUGUCUGAUUCUGAUAUCAGUGACUGAUAUGCAGCAGUGUCUGUUCAGUUUUUGUUUCAUAACUACUGCAGUAAGGUUUACUGUCUAAGGGAGUUUAUGUUUGCUGUAAAAUGUUUGUUUUACUGUAUUUCCCCAGCUGCACAACGCUGUGAACAGUUUCAGUUAAAUAUCAUCAAGAGUGCA